AUCGAUGUUUUACUCGAUGUUUCUCCACCUCUAGUUCCGCCCAGCUGUCAAAUUUCUUUCUUUUCGUUGUUUUUCCGACGGUAGUUUGGUCCAGCACAGCCAAUCAAAAUGAAACAGAACAAGUUCGUGUCAUCGUCGCGCAGGAAGAACCGCAAGCGUCACUUCCAGGCCCCUUCUCACAUUCGUCGCCGGCUCAUGUCUGCGCCCCUGAGCAAGGAACUGCGCCAGAAGUACAACGUGCGCUCCAUGCCCAUUCGUCGCGACGAUGAGGUCCAGGUUAUCCGCGGCCACUACAAGGGCAACCAGGUUGGCAAAGUUGUCCAGUCCUACCGCAAGAAGUUCGUCGUCUACGUUGAGAAGAUCCAGCGUGAGAACGCGAACGGCACAAAUGUGUAUGUUGGCAUCCACCCCAGCAAGGUCCUGAUCGUUAAGCUGAAGCUUGAUAAGGAUCGCAAGGCUAUCCUGGAGCGCCGCAGCAAGGGACGCCUGGCCGCUUUGGGCAAGGACAAGGGCAAGUACACCGAGGAGACGGCUGCUCAGCCCAUGGAGACCGCAUAAAAGCUUACAAUCAACAGUAACAUGUGCAGCCGCCGUAAGAGCAGUAGCAACAACAACAUUCAAUGACCAACGUCACUGUUUACCGUUUUUACUGUAAUGCUUUAGUGUCAAUAAUAA